AUGGCCGCGGCCACGCGCUGGGCGCUGCGGGCGCUGUCGGGGCGGCGGCCGCUGCUGCUGCAGGGCGGCUCCUUCGCGGGCUCGGGGCGCCUCGGGGGGCUCUGGCUGGGGCCCGGCGCCGCCUCCUGGCCGCGGCUGCGCCAGGCCGUGCCCGCGGUGCUGCGCGCCGGCCUGCUCGGCAUGCCCUACGCGGGCGGCGCGCUGUGCGGGGCCCCCGCGCAGGAGGAGCUGUGCCGCCGCUGGCUGCAGCUCGGCGCCUUCCUGCCGCUGGCGCGCAGCCACGGCCUGCAGCCCGCAACGGACCCGGCCGCGUUCGGCGCCGCCUCGCUGCUGCUGAACUCGACGCGGGCGCACCUGGGCACGCGGUACCGGCUGCUGCCACACCUGUACUCGCUGCUGCAGCGCGCCCGCGCCCGCGGGCACGGCGUGGCACGGCCCCUGCUGCUCGAGUUCUACGACGAUGAGGCCACGUGGGACGUGGACGCGCAGUUCCUGUGGGGGGCGGGGCUCCUCAUCACCCCCGUGCUGGAACCCGGCGUGGAGGUGAUCCGGGCCUACAUCCCCGACGCCGUCUGGUACGAGUACGAGUCGGGCUCCCGCCUGUGGCUGCGGGGGCAGUGGACUCACCUGUACCUGCCCGGGGACCGCCUGGGGCUGCACCUGCGCGGGGGCCACAUCUUCCCGGUGCAGAGCCCGGCCACCACCACGGCCGCCAGCCGCAGGAACCCCCUGGGGCUGAUCGUGGCGCUGGACGAGAACCAGGAGGCCUCGGGGGAGCUUUUUUGGGACGACGGAGAAUCCGCGGAUACGGUUGAGAACAAAGCCUACAUUUUCUACGAAUUCCGGUUUUCCAAUAACAUGCUGGAGCUGUCGGUGACCCACAACAACUUCUCCGACCCGGCGGGGCUGGAGUUCGGGGAGCUGCGCGUGCUGGGGCUGCCGCGGGCGCCGCUCGGCGUCACCGUCACCGCCGGGGACACCGGCACCGGGCACAGCCUGAGCUACGACCCCGCCACGCGGGUGGCGCUGGUGCAGGGGCUGCGUUUGCGGCUGGGCCGGUCCCACACCCUGCACUGGACCCUGGGCACCCCGGAGAGCGAGCGCUUCGACUGCCACCCCUGGGCCGGGGCGUCCCCGCAGAGCUGCCGCAGCCUGGGCUGCCUCUGGAACGAGACCACGUCGGCGGAGGGCGUGCCCUACUGCCACUACGAGGGCUCCGAGAACGGCUACGCCGCCUCCAACAUCCGCUACACCGACACCGGCGCCAGCGCCGCCGUCACCCUGAGCUCCGCCCAGCGCGGCCCCGCCCGGGCCAUGGCGGCCAUCGAGCAGCUGCGGUUGGAGGUCACCUACCACAGCGACCACCUGCUGCAGUUCAAGAUUUCGGCCGCGGCCGCUCGCCGGUACGAGGUGCCGGUGCCGCUGGCGCUGCCGGCCGCGCCCCGCGCCACGCCCCGCAGCCGCCUCUACGACGUGGAGAUCCAGGAUUGGCCCUUCGGGCUCCGCGUGCGGCGCCGCAGCUCCGGCGCUGUCCUCUGGGACUCGCAGCUGCCGACGUUCACCUUCAGCGAUCAGUUCCUGCAGAUCUCCACGCGCCUCCCGUCCCCGUUCGUCUACGGCUUCGGCGAGACGGAGCACGGAACGUUCCGGCACGACCUCAACUGGCACACCUGGGGCAUGUUCACCCGCGACCAGCCGCCCGGCUACAAGCUCAACUCCUACGGCUUCCAACCCUUCUACAUGGCGCUGGAAGAGGACGGCAAGGCGCACGGCGUCCUCCUGCUCAACAGCAACGCCAUGGACGUCACGUUCCAGCCGACGCCGGCGCUCACCUACCGCACCACCGGCGGCAUCCUGGACUUCUACCUGGUGCUGGGCCCCACGCCCGAGGAGGUGGUGCAGGAGUACACCGGGCUGGUGGGCCGCCCGAUGCUGCCGCCCUACUGGGCCCUGGGCUUCCAGCUGUGCCGCUACGGCUACCGGGACGACGCCGAGAUCGAGGAGCUGGUGCAGGACAUGAGCCAGGCCCAGAUCCCCCUGGACGUGCAGUACGCCGACAUCGACUACAUGGAGCGCCAGCUCGACUUCACGCUCAGCCCGCGAUUCCAGAACCUUCCGCAGCUCGUGCGCCGCCUCCACAGCCAGGGCCGGCGCUUCGUCCUCAUCCUGGACCCGGCCAUCUCGGCUAACGAGACGAACUACGCGCCCUACGAGCGCGGGCUGCAGCACGACGUCUUCAUCAAGUGGCACAACAGCGACGACAUCGUCUUCGCCAAGGUGUGGCCGGACCUGCCCAACGUCGUCGUCAACGAUUCCCUGGACUGGGACACCCAAGUGGAGCUGUUCCGCGCCUUCACGGCCAUGCCGGAUUUCUUCCGGAACUCGACGCGGGCUUGGUGGGCGCGGGAAAUCGCCGAGGUGUACGAGAACCCGCGGAACUCCUCGCAGAGCAUCCGCUUCGACGGCAUCUGGAUCGACAUGAACGAGCCGUCGAGCUUCGUGCACGGCGCCGUCGGCGGCUGCCGCGAGCGCGGCCUCAACUUCCCGCCCUACCUGCCCCAGCUGGGCUGGCGCUCCGAGGGGCUGAGUUACAAAACCAUCUGCAUGGAGGCCGAGCAGCGGCUGCCCGACGGCAGAGCCGUGCGCCACUACGACGUGCACAACCUCUACGGCUGGGCCCAGACCGAGCCCACGCUCUGGGCCCUGCGGCGCCUGACGGGCGAGCGCGGCCUGGUGGUGACGCGCUCGACGUUCCCGGGCAGCGGGCGCUGGGCCGGGCACUGGCUGGGCGACAACUCGGCCGCCUGGGACCAGAUGGGCAAGUCCAUCAUCGGAAUGCUGGAGUUCAGCCUCUUCGGGGUGUCCUACACCGGGGCCGACAUAUGCGGGUUUUUCGGGGAGCCCUCGUACGAGCUCUGCGCCCGCUGGAUGGAGCUCGGCGCCUUCUACCCCUACUCCCGCAACCACAACGGCAACCGCGACAAGCGGCAGGACCCGGUGGCCUGGAACUCGACCUUCGCAGCCCUGUCGCGCCGCGUGCUGCGGCUGCGCUACCGCCUGCUGCCGCACCUCUACUCGCUGCUGCAGCGCGCCCGCGCCCGCGGCGACACCGUGGUGCGGCCGCUGCUGCACGAGUUUGUGGAGGACCGGAGCACGUGGGACGUGCAGCGGCAGUUCCUGUGGGGGGCGGGGCUGCUCGUCAGCCCCGUGCUGGAGCCCGGCGUGAGCGAGGUGCGCGCGUACCUGCCCGACGCUCGCUGGUUCGACUUCCACACCGACGAGGAGGUGCCGUUCCGGCGGCAGUUCCGGAACCUUCCGGCGCCGCUGGGCCACAUCAACCUGCACGUGCGCGGGGGGCUCGUGCUGCCCCAGCAGCGCCCGGCCGCCAGCACCUGGCUCAGCCGCCGGAACCCGCUGCUCCUGACCGUGGCUCUGGACGACGCCCAGGAGGCCUCGGGGAGCCUCUACUGGGACGACGGCGUCGGCAUCGACACGUACGAGAGGGGCGAGUACCUGCUGAUGUCGUUCACCGCCCGCGCCAACGCUCUGGAGCUGCGGGUGCUCCACGGGGGCUACGAGGACCCAAAUUCCCUGAAAUUCACCGAAAUCAAAGUCCUGGGGCUGGCCGGGGCCGUCGGGGCGGUGACGGUGACGGGCGACGCCGGCCCCGUGCCCGGAGAGCUCGCCGUCGAGCACGACCCCCAAAAAAAGGUGCUGCGGGUCACGGGGCUGCAGCUGGAGCUGGGCCGGAACUACACCCUGAAAUGGGGCUGAAACCCCAAAAUUGGCAUUUCCCACCUCCCGGAAUUAUUCCCGGGAUUCUCUGCCUUUCCACCUCCCCCAAAUCACUUUAAUUAAAUAAAUUUAAUUAAACAACUUUAAGAUCAUAAUGAUUAAAUUAUUAUUAACUUAUUGUUAUAAAUUAAAAUAAAUUUUAUUAAAAAUAUUACACUAUAUAAUAUAUUAUAUUAAUUCUAUACACUAAUUACCUAUAUAAUUAUUAUAAUUAAGUUCAAUUAAUAUAUUAUAAAAAUUUUAAUAUUAUAAAUUAAAUUAUUAUUGUAUUAAGUUAUUUAAUAAAUUUAUUAAAUUAAAUUUAUUAAAUAAAUUUAAUAAAUUUAUUUAAUUACGUAAUAAAUUACUUAUUAUUAUAAAUUAUAUUACAAUGUCAUAAAUUAAAUUAUAUAUUUU